UUAGAUUAACUGUUUCGUUUAUUUUCAGUGCGGUUUUUUUUUUUUAAUGUAAGAAAAGGGAAGAUUUUAAUUGAAGAUUAGGGGGAAAAAAGUUUUUACAAUGACUGAAGAGAAUAUACCACCGAUAAUUGCUCGAUUGGCAGUUGAUCGUGUUGAUACGAAUUUUUUUCAACACCAAGAAGUUAAAAUGGGCUUUUAUACACCAGGUGAAGAGGUUUCUACCCAGGGGGAUUUUUUAAGAGGUCACGGCACUUAUGUGGACGAGCAUAAAACAUUACGUUCAUCGGUGGCUGGCGUUUUAGAAAAAGUGAAUAAAUUAAUUUCAAUAAAGCCCUUUAAGACACGUUAUCAAGGUGAAAUUGGCGAUGUUGUUGUUGGUCGAAUAACGGAAGUACAACAAAAACGAUGGAAAGUUGAUACAAAUGCAAAAUUAGAUUCCGCGCUACUUUUAUCGAGUGUUAAUUUACCUGGUGGUGAAUUGCGAAGAAGAUCAGUUGAAGAUGAACAAAUGAUGCGUCGUUAUUUACAAGAGGGUGAUUUAAUUUGUGCCGAAGUACAAAGUAUAUUUGUUGAUGGUUCACUAUCGUUACAUACACGUGUUCUUAAAUAUGGCAAAUUAUCGCAAGGUAUUAUGUUAAAAGUUGCACCUGGUUUGAUAAAACGACAAAAAACACAUUAUCAUAAUCUUGCGAAUGGAGCAAUUUUAAUUUUGGGUAAUAAUGGAUAUAUUUGGAUUGGUGCAAAUACAACGGAAACAGAUCGUUCAGAAGGUGGUUUCACACAAGAUUUAUCACGUAUCUCACAAGAAGAUAGAAAUGUUUGUUCACGUUUACGUAAUUGCAUUCUUAUAUUGUCGGAAUGUAAUUUAUUUUUAACUGAUACAUCCGUGACUUAUGCCUAUGAGGAAUCAAUGAAAUAUACGAUUACACAAACUUCUUGGAUACGGAAAAAGUAAUGCAGCAUCAUGGACGCGUGUUUUACUGCAUUCGAUAAAGAUGGUGAUGGUUUUCUUUCAUUAGCGGAAUUUGAGCUCAUUUGUCGUGCAUUGUUUCGUAAUGAUCGGGGUAAAGUUUAUGAACUUGAGGAACAACAAUUGAAGGAGAUUUUCGCUGUUUUUGAUAUCAAUGGUGAUUGUUUGCUUGAUAGGAUAGAAUUUGAGAUUUGUUGGAAUCGAUGGAUUAAAGUGUGUACAAGGCCAAAGAGCGCAUUUCUGAUUGUUGAUGUACAAAAUGAUUUUAUAAGCGGUUCUCUUAAUAUACAAAAAUGCGCUGCACAACACGAUGGCUCAGAAGUUAUUGAUCCGAUAAAUCGUCUAUUGGAAAAUGUGCCUUUUGAUGCUGUUUUCUAUUCUCUCGAUUGGCAUCCCGUUGAUCAUGUAUCAUUCAUCGAUAAUCUUCAUCUUAGGGACAUUGAUUUAUCGAGUGGAAUUUCAAAAGAAGAGAUUCGCGUCUAUGAUACAGUGACAUUUAUCGGUCCACCUGAAUUAAAACAAAGAUUAUGGCCACGUCAUUGCGUUCAAGAUUCAUGGGGUGCGGAAUUGCAUAAGGAUUUAAAAAUUGUUGAGAAAUCAAUUAAAAUUUAUAAAGGUACAAAUCCUGAUGUCGAUUCAUAUUCAGUGUUUUGGGAUAAUAAAAAAUUAACUGAAACAACAUUAUCGUCACAAUUACAAGCAAAAGGCGCUACUGAUAUUUAUAUUUGUGGAUUGGCCUAUGAUGUUUGUGUUGGAGCAACGGCCGUUGAUGCAUUAGCAAGUGGUUAUCGUACCAUUUUAAUUGAUGAUUGUAGUCGUGGCGUUGAUUUGGUGGACAUUGAAAAAACCAAAUCAACUGUGAUUGCAAAUAAUGGCGUUAUUGUUAAUUCAAGUCAAGUUCAAGCAAUGGUUAAUGGACGCGAUCGACGACCUGAGCUUGGUUAUAAACUCGCAAUGGAAAUAAAACAAACGCUAAAUAGUAAAAUAAAUAAAUAAUAGAAUAGAAAUUUCAGAGACUAUGAAGUAUACGAAUUUUUUUUUUUUUUUGUAAAAAAGAAAGCUAUUUAGAAAAUUGAAUAGUUGCGAUUAUUUUUUUUUCUGAAAAUAGAUAAGAAAUUAAUUAGACUUUAGAUGUAAAAUAAUUUUAUAGUAUUUUUUCAAAAUUUAGAAAUAAAAUUAAGAUAUAAUU